AGCCGGUCUUUGAUACUGUCCUGUCUUUGGUAUUACUCUGAACAUGCCAUUGGUUUGGUAGAACCUCCAGCACCGUUAGGUGGCAGCACCGGGCCAGAAACUAGUAUACUUACCAAAACAAAACCACCAUCGAAGUACUGGAUUAUGACGUGGACUUGUUAUGGGUCAGGAAGAGGACAUUCCUCAACAAAUAAUAGUUUAAUAACGUUGCAAAGGUGACACAUCGUUCCGUCGAUGAAUCUAAAUGAAGAUAGUGUUAAUGCGAUGUGCACCCGGAUAUGCUUGUGUGUUCUCUGCGGUUUACCUGCAGCAGGAAAGUCGACGCUUGCACAGGCGGUCAACUCUCACUCUGUCCAACGAGGCUGGAGGUCCGCUGUCAUUUCUUACGACGACCUGAUUCCCGGUGACGCUUUCAAUGUGAAGGAAGUCGAGGAUGAGGAGGAUAUUCCGCGAUCGCAGACGCAGACUGAAUGGAAAUGUCACAGACAAGCGGUGCUGCGGUGUGUUGAACAGUUCCUACAGAGUCCCACAGAGCAGCUACCACCAAUCAUCUACCAGAUCAACAGUGAUGCCCGGAGUCGUCUCCUUCACGCCGCUCAGGUCUGCGGGACACCGGUGGGCUCUUCUCAGGCUUACCCAUCACCUUCAGAUCGACCACCGCCGCCACUCGUCAUUCUGCUGGACGACAACUUCUACUAUCCAAGCAUGAGAUACGAGGUGUACCAACUGGCCAGAAAACACUCUGUGGGAUUCUGUCAGGUGUACGUCCACUGUCCCGUGGAGUCGUGUGUCAGGAGAAACCAGCUGAGGCCCCAGCCGUUACCCAGUGAUGUUAUAGUAGAGAUGGCUAAGCGCAUGGAGCCUCCAAACCCUCAGAGAAACUCAUGGGAGCAGAACAGUGUCACUCUGGACAGCGAACACCACUUCACCAUAGAAUACAUCCAAAGGUUGGUGAAGGUGAUCUCUACUGCGUUGGAGAACCCACUGAGUCCAGUCCAGGACAACGCUGAGCAGAAGGAGGCAGACCGUCAGAGCUGUGUGUCCAGUGUGGUCCACCAGGCUGACCAGGCCUGCAGACGCCUGGUCUCACAGGCCAUGCAGGAGGCCAGAGAACAUCAACUUCCCCCCGAGAGGAUGAGGUCUCUGGCAGCCGACUUCAAUGAAUCCAAAACCAGAUUUCUCCAGGACCUGCGGAGACAAGUUCUCCACGGCCUUCCCUUAACCCAGGGAGAGGGCGUGGAGGUGGAACGGGUUGUGAGCAGAGCCGUGGACGUCUUCAACAGAGAGAAACAGGAAAUCAUUGCAAGAUACCUUCCUCCUUAUGACAGAAUAAAAUGACACAGAAAAUGAGGGAUAGAUGAUCGCCGUUAUGUAACUUUCAUUGAUUCUAUGUAAAUAGUCAUACAUAUUGACGUUAGUAAUUACAUUUAUAUAUUUUUCUGACAAAACGUCCAACCUGUUAGGUGCAUAUACAGGGUGGAACCUAGCAAGGUGGAACCUAACAGGGUGGAAAUGUGGAGGCUAACUUAGCCGUAGCACUGGGUGGAACCUAACAGGGUGGAAAUGUGGAGGCUAACUUAGCCGUAGCACUGGGUGGAACAUAGCAAGGUGGAUCCUAGCAAGGUGGAAAUGUGGAGGCUAACUUGGCCGUAGCACUGGGUGGAACCUAGCAAGGUGGAAAUGUGGAGGCUAACUUAGCCGUAGUACUGGGUGGAACCUAGCAAGGUGGAAAUGUGGAGGCUAACUUAGCCGUAGCACUGUGUGGAACCUAGUAAGGUGGAAAUGUGGAGGCUGACUUAGCCGUAGCACUGGGUGGAACCUAGUAAGGUGGAAAUGUGGAGGCUAACUUAGCCGUAGCACUGGGUGGAACCUAACAAGGUGGAAAUGUGGAGGCUAACUUAGCCGUAGCACUGGGUGGAACAUAGCAAGGUGGAAAUGUGGAGGCUAACUUAGCCGUAGCACUGGGUGGAACAUAGCAAGGUGGAAAUGUGGAGGCUAACUUAGCCGUUGCACUGGGUGGAACCUAGUAAGGUGGAAAUGUGGAGGCUAACUUAGCUGUAGCACUGGGUGGAACAUAGCAAGGUGGAAAUGUGGAGGCUAACUUAGCCGUUGCACUGGGUGGAACAUAGCAAGGUGGAACCUAGCAAGGUGGAAAUGUGGAGGCUAACUUAGCCGUAGCACUGGGCGGAACCUAGCAAGGUGGAAAUGUGGAGGCUAACUUAGCCGUAGCACUGGGUGGAACAUAGCAAGGUGGAAAUGUGGAGGCUAACUUAGCUGUAGCACUGGGUGGAACAUAGCAAGGUGGAAAUGUGGAGGCUAACUUAGCCGUAGCACUGGGUGGAACCUAGCAAGGUGGAAAUGUGGAGGCUAACUUAGCCGUAGCACUGGGUGGAACCUA